AUGUUUUCCAGCCUGCGGAGGUGGGACGCCAGCGGCUCUUACAAGCAAGUCCUGGGGGUGCUGGAUGCGCAGGCAUCUUUUUGUAAAGAGGCACAUACCAGAAAACCAUCUCUACUUUAUGCAUUGUGGAACACCUUUAAGUCUGCCCUGAUUCAAGUUGCUUUAUUCAGAGUUUUUGCUGAUAUUUUGUUUUUCACUAGCCCACUCAUAAUGAAGCAAAUGAUCAUUUUCUGUGAACACAGCUCAAAUUUUGGCUGGAUUGGCUAUGGUUAUGCAGUGGCACUUUUUAUUGUAGUCUUUUUGCAAACACUGAUCCUUCAGCAAUAUCAACGUUUUAACACACUCACCUCGGCAAAAAUUAAAACAGCUGUAAUUGGACAGAUCUACAAAAAGUCCCUACUUUUAUCAAAUGUUUCUCGAAAAAAGUUUUCUACUGGGAAAAUUAUUAACUUGAUGUCAGCAGAUGCCCAGCAGCUCAUGGACUUCACAGCAAAUCUCAAUCUCCUCUGGUCAGGCCCUUUUCAAAUUCUGAUGGCCAUAUAUCUCCUCUGGCAAGAGCUGGGUUCAGCAGUAUUAGCAGGGGUGGCUGUCCUUGUGUUCGUUAUACCAAUAAAUGCAUUAGCUGCAACUAAAGUAAAAAAGCUGAAGGUAAGAAAAUGCUUGAACAUAAAGAUUCCGGAAGGAGCAUUAGUGGCAGUUGUAGGGCAAGUUGGGUCUGGAAAAUCAUCUGUGCUUUCUGCCAUUCUGGGAGAAAUGGUGAAACUUACGGGAGUUGUCCAAAGAAAGGGUGUGAAUAUAAGUGGGGGCCAGAAGCAUCGAGUCAGUCUGGCCAGAGCUGUCUAUAGUGGGGCCGAUAUCUACCUCCUGGAUGAUCCCUUGUCUGCCGUUGAUGUUCAUGUUGGAAAGCAGCUUUUUGAAAAAGUGAUAGGGUCCUUGGGCCUUUUGAAAGACAAGGUGAAGUUCUCAAUCAUUGUGAAAUACCUCCAAUCCUUCAACUGGCUCUGGGUGUGGCUGGUUGUGGUCACUUACCUAGGGCAGAAUUUGACGAGUAUUGGACAGAAUCUAUGGCUUAGUGCCUGGGCAAGAGAAGCCAAACACAUGAAUGAGUUCACAGAAUGGAAGCAAAUAAGAAGCUAUAAACUUAAUAUCUAUGGAUUAUUGGGAUUAACACAAGGUCUCUUUGUCUGCUCUGGAGCCUAUGUGAUCACCAAAGGAUCCCUGACUGCCUCUCGGACCAUGUAUGCCCAGUUGUUGAAUAACGUGCUGCAUCUCCCACUACAGUUUUUUGAAACUACCCCCAUAGGCCAGAUCAUCAACCGCUUCACCAAGGACAUGUUUGUAAUUGACACACGUUUCCAUUACUAUUUACGAAUGUGGAUGAAUUGUACAUUGGAUGUUGUUGGAACAGUUUUGGUGAUUGCGGGAGCUUUGCCACUCUUCAUUCUGGGGAUUAUUCCCUUGGUUUUCUUCUAUUUCUCUAUACAAAGAUAUUACAUGGCAAGCUCUCGGCAGAUUCGGCGGUUGGCAGGAGCUUCCCGUUCUCCUAUCAUUUCCCACUUUAGUGAGACUCUAUCAGGAGUGUCCACUAUCCGGGCAUUUGGACAUGAACACAGAUUCAUUCAGGAAAACAAAGAGGUGGUGAAUGAGAACUUGGUGUGCUUCUACAACGAUGUAAUUUCAAACAGGGCUCGAUAUCGAGAUGAUCUUGGUUUAGCAUUACAAAAUAUCACUUUCAAGACUCGUGAGGAAGAGAAGAUUGGAAUUGUCGGAAGGACUGGGGCAGGCAAAUCAACACUAUCAAAUUGCUUAUUUAGAAUUUUGGAGAGAUCAGGAGGCAAAAUCAUCAUUGACGGAAUCGAUAUAUCCACUAUUGGACUUCAUGACCUUCGUGGCAAACUUAAUAUUAUUCCACAGGUAAAUGUGGGACAACUGCAGCUUGUCUGUCUUGCUCGCGCUUUGCUUCGAAAAACAAAAAUUCUCAUUUUGGAUGAAGCAACAGCCUCCAUUGAUUUUGAGACUGAUAACUUGGUGCAGACCACAAUCAGGAAGGAGUUUUCCGAUUGCACCAUCCUGACGAUUGCUCACAGACUGCAUUCUAUCAUUGAUUCAGACAGGUAUGCUUGCUUUCUUCUCAGAACUACAACAAUUUCUGCAUAG